CAGUCAGAGCAGUUUCCGGUUCCGGUGCCUCAGACGAUGGUGACAGGAGUAAUGGAGGCGGUGGAUAAUCCGUGGCUGGAGCCCGAGCGGAAUCCGCCGGCAUCCGCUCCAUCGGGUGAUGAUGAGCAGAAACUAUUCAACAAAAGCCGCCGCGGUGGGAGUAAUCCGUGCAUCACGCAGAAUUUGCCCACUCGGGUUCUCGGCUUGCGUGUUGAUGAGACUGCCGUGGAGGAGGCCUCUGCUGACAGCCCAAGCCCCUGUGACGGGGACACUGGAGAAGAAUCAGCAGCCAGUACUCCAGCACCGAGUGACGGAGACACUGGAGAGGAGCUAGCGGCAGAUUCCACUGCUGACACCGGGGAGGAGUCUGCAGCUGAUUCUACUGGCCCUAGUGACGGAGACUCUGGGGAAGAAUCAGCAGCUGAUUCCACAGGACCCCACGACACACGAGAGGAGUCAGCCGCAGACUCCACCGGCCCGAGUGAUGGUGACACUGGCGAGGAGUCCGCAGCAGACAGUCCUGCUCCCUGUAAUAUCGACAGGCUACUAGACACAGCAGCUGACUCCACCGGCCCAAGUGGUGGGGCCAUUAGGGAGGAGACAGCUGCUGACAGUCCUGGCCCAUGUGAUACAGACAGUGUAGAGCAGGCAGCUGCAGGUAGUCCUGGUCCAUGUGAUGGGGACACUGUCGGCGAGACUGCUGCUGAAAGCCCUGGUCCCUGUGAUACAGACACUAUGCAGCAAGGCCCUGCAGGGAGUCCUGGUCCUUGUGAUACGGACCCUGUGGGGGACGCGGCUGCUGACAGUCCUGGCCCCUGUGACACAGACACCAUAGAACAAGGAGCUGCAGGUAGCCCCGGUCCCUGUGACACAGACACUGUCAGGGGGACAGCAGCAGGUAGCCCCGGUCCCUGUGACACCGACACUGGCGUGGAGACAGCUGCAGCUAGUCCUGGCCCAUGUGAUACGGACACUGUUGGGGAGUCAGCAGCUGACAGUCCAGGUCCCUGUGAUGGAGACACGGUAGGGGGUAUGACUGCAGAUAGCCCUGGUCCCUGUGAUACGGACACUGUAGGGGAGACAGCUGCUGACAGUCUCAGCCCACGUGACCGAAAUGAAGUAGAGAAACUGGCUGCUGAAAGCCCACGUCCGUCUGGUGUUCAGAGCUCAGCCGGAGAGCUAGCUACAAGUCCCAACCCACCAAGUGACCAGGACACUGUGGCAGAGAUGGAGAUAGAUGGACUGGGUAUGGACAAGGAAACAGCCGAGGAAUCACUGGUUGCCGAGUGCACGAACAUAGACCAUGGUCAGGACGCUUUGAGUGGACUGGCAGCUGACUCUUCGAGCAGUGCGACAGCGCUGGAGGCAGUGACCCUGCUCCCCGCGAGCACCAACGGUCCAGAACACGCAAUGGACAAACUGAUCCAUCCUGACAUUGCAGACUAUAUGGCGACGGAGAGCACCACUGACUGUCUGGAUGCGUACGGGCAGGCCAGUGGUGAUUAUGGAGUCAUAGAGACUGAGGACAGUGUCCCUCCGUACCCCACCGACUUUGAGAAGUAUUGGAAAAUAGUUGAGGACAAUCCAUAUGAUUUUACAGGAUGGACAUAUGUCCUGCAAUAUGUGGAACAAGAGAAUCACAUCUGGGCCGUGCGGAAGGCAUUCGAUGCGUUCUUCGCCCGCUAUCCCUAUUGUUAUGGCUACUGGAAGAAAUAUGCCGACAUAGAGAAGCGCCUGGGGUUCACCAAAGAGGCAGAGGAGGUUUACCAGCGAGGACUCCAGUCCAUCCCACUUAGUGUCGAUCUUUGGGUUCACUACAUCACAUUCCUACAGGAGAUCCUCGAUGCUACCAAUCCUGAAACUCCUGCUAAACUCCGGAGUGUGUUUGAAAUGGCGUUGGCUGCUGCUGGCACAGACUUCCGUUCUGACCGGCUCUGGGAUCUAUAUGUGAACUGGGAGAAGGAGCAGGGUCAGCUGAAGGCUGUAACUGCCAUUUAUGACCGGGUGCUAUCAAUACCGACGCAAUUGUACAGUCACCACUUUGAGAAGUUUAAGGACCAUGUGCAGAGCUACUCACCGAAGGACAUCCUGUCCACUGACGAGUUCCUCAGACUGAGGUCAGAGGUCGUAAGCAACCUGGCGGCAGCUGAAACGGAGUGCGACGAGGGGCCCCCUGGAGAUGACCCUCCGCCCGGUGUGGGGACCACCGAUGAGGAGAAGGCUGACACCGAGCUGGAGAAGAUCCGAGCCCACCUGGCAGCCACUCGGCAUGAGAUGUACCUGCUGAAUGAGGAGGAAGUUAGCAAGAGGUGGAAUUUCGAGGAGGCGAUUAAGCGGCCAUACUUCCACGUCAAGCCCCUCGAGAGAGUGCAGCUGAAAAACUGGAAGGACUACCUGGAUUUUGAGAUUGCCAGUGGCACUAAUGAGCGGGUUCUGGUAUUGUUCGAGCGCUGUAUGAUCGCCUGUGCUCUGUACGAGGACUUCUGGAUUAAGUAUGCCAAAUACCUGGAGAACCACAGCGUCGAGGGAGUCCGCAACGUUUUCCAGAGGGCCUGCAUGGUCCACCUGCCCAAGAAGCCCACCCUGCACCUGCUGUGGGCCGCCUUUGAGGAACAGCAAGGUGACCUGGAGGAAGCCCGCCGAAUCCUCAAGUCCUUCCAGAUGGUAGUGCCAGGGCUGGCCAUGGUGCUGCUGCGGCGCGUGAGCCUGGAGCGUCGCUGCGGGCACCUGGACCAGGCAGAAGAACUCCUGCGUGAGGCCAUUGAACAGCACAGGGGCACCACCCUGGCCUCCUUCUUCUCCAUCAAGCUAGCCCGGCAACUCCUGAAAGUCCAGAAGAACAUGGCAAAGGCCCGGAAGGUGCUGCUGGAGGCUAUCGAGGGAGACAAGGACAACCCCAAGCUGUACCUCAACCUGUUGGAGCUGGAGUUCAGCAGUGACAUCCGCGUGAAUGAGGGCAACAUCUUGGGCUGCUUCGAGCAAGUGCUGGUCAGCUCUCUCCCCCUCGAAACCAAAAUUGUCUUCUCCCAGCGGAGAGUCGAAUUCCUGGAGGAUUUUGGCUGCAACGUACAGAGUUUGUUACACGCUUAUGAUGAGCAUCAGAAACUCCUCAAGCAGAACUCCAGUAAGAAGCGAGCAGCUGAGAACGGCACUGAGGAACUCGAGGAGAAGCGAGCGAGGAUGGACGAUGCCUCCACAAUCAGCACAGCAAGCACUGCCACGACCAGCACCAGCUCCACUGCCCUCAUGAGUGGCGAUGUGACCAGCAGUCAGGCAGCAUACAACUACAGCGCGUGGUAUCAGCCUUAUGGAUCGUAUGGAUAUCAGAACCCGUGGAACUACAGUCAGUAUUACCCACACAGCUGAGACGAGCCGGUGGCGUGGCUCGAAGGCGUGUGAACUAUGUACAUACUGAAAAAAAAGGGACCGAUUUCUGUUUACCCUGCCUUUUUCUAAAGCCCCUCAGCCAUAAAACACCAUCCCCAGCCCCUGAUGAGCAGGAAGAGACAGCCAGGCACUGGUAUCGAAUCCGCGAGGUGUUUUGUGUCCGUUGUGCGGUUGUGAUGUUACCCCUGAAGAAAACGACGCCCGUUUCGGGGAGACCAGGCAUCUUUUGCGUGCAGUUCCUCCUGACAGGUGUUACCGUCAGGCACCCUACCUUCCUCGCCCUCCUCUUCCUCAUGUUUAACGUGGAGAGCAAGAAGGCACGGGCAACUUUUUAAUCUGUAGAAGGGUUCGGGUAACGUUUGGUGUGUCGUUAUGUUCUCUCCAAGAUGGGGGGUUUAAGAGAGCAGGCUCCCUUGCCCCCUUACCUCCACCUGCCCUGCUUCUUUGGCCCUCCCUCCGCACUCCCCCAAGGUGGAGUCUGUACCCAAUAACCCCUGCUGAGAGUGAACAUCUGGAUUGACAUCUCAUGCUCCUUCCCUCACAGUGCACUACCAAGCAGCUGAGACAGAGCGAGAUGGGUUGGUCUUUCUGACCUGAUUUCCACAAGCCAAAGAUUUUCCUUUUCUGUAAUCUCCUUGUGGCUCCGGUGACGGCACUUGCUGCAUCCCCUGGUGGCAGCCUGCAGGUAAGUGAGCCGUUUUCCUGGGAGGAGAGGUUUGGAAUUUGAAGCAAGGCCUAAUAACUUGGCACAGGUACAGCGGCUUACACCAGAAAGAUACUUGAAAUCUCGGGCUAGUUCAUACUGCGAUUUACAGUGCUCAGUUACACGGAGUAGCCAAGCACAUGACUCCCAGUACAGUUUCACGUCAAGAGUUACGGCUGUUCUAAAAGGCUGCCUCGUGUCUCGUACCCUUGACUUUCGCUGUCUGUCUCAGCCAUCUGUUCAAAGAUGUGAGCACCCUGCGACCCAGAGUCAGCCGCUAACUCCCCCACCCGCAACACUGGCCUUUCUGUCUUCCCUUUUCCUCGCUCUCCACCCCACUUCCUACCCCCCCCCCCCCCCUUACCUUUGAAACGGUAAAAGCUGCCGUCAGCGAGACACCGUGAGUGCGUCCCAUGAGUGGGUCUCGGCUGGACGGGAUCCUCUCCUGGCUGAAUGCCCUUGACACGGCCCCACCUCAGGUGUAACACUAAUUGUGCUCUCUGAUCCCUUUCUGCUGCUACCAUAAUGGACAGGUUCUCACCAGCGUUGUCUAUCUGUUGUUGCACAGUGCCGAUGGUAGUCUGUAAGUUGGCGUGAGUUGAUAAGCCAGAGAUUUGUGUUACACCUCACAGCCAGCAGUGACUGACAGCAGAUCCCUGACACCUCCAAUGUGAAUCCUUUAUUUUUUUUUUCAUCUUCUGUACAAAUUCUUGUUCAGGCAAAAACAAACACAUUUUUGCAAGUAGCAAUUUUUUAAUGAAUGUAAUUUUUUUCUGUGAAUGGAUGGUGUAAAUAAAAGGAAGAUUGGAGACGGC